CAGCGUUUCAGUGCAAUAAUCUCACUUCUCCAGUCCACACAAGCGACGAACGUAUAGCACGGCGCAAAUUAUUUUUUUUCCAACCACACCGAAAACCGUUCCCGUGUCCACAUCGCCGUCCCGUCGUCCGGUUUCGAGGCAAACGCAAACGAUUCGCUCGAUUCAAAAUGGUAAGUCGAAACAACGCCGCGAUAAAAUGCGCCCCGCGCGACCGUCUCCAACGCGUAAAAUCGUAUUACGAUGACAUGUACUCGCGCGCGACCCGUAAAUAUCGCCGCCUUUUAACCAUUUAUGAAUGGAAAUUUGGCAAUUUACCAUACUAUAUAAUACGCGUAUACCUGCUUGCGUAUAUAAUAUAACGUAUUAUUAUUAUUGUCGUGUGUAGCCGUUAAGUUAAUAUUAUUACCGUGUAGGAAAAAAAAAUAAAAAAAAAAAAACGAAAACGGAAACGUACUCACGCGUCGCGUGUCUAUGCGUAAGACGCACGUCUUGCCGGACGCCGAAGUCCGUUUGUCAUUUGCCAAACGGACAUAGAGAUGCGACGGCGGAGAUACUCGUAAAUUGGCACAUCGGCAGGCAAUUAUUGUUUCGCCGAUCGUUUAUUUAUUUUUUUCUCUCUCUGAAAUUCGAUUCAAUAAUAUUAUACAAUUGUACUACACAGUUGUAGGUAUACGACUAUACACACUUGCCAAAUAAAAAUUGUCAUUCAGUUUAUCUCUUCCACACCAGCGUUGUAUCCACUGCCCAAAUCACCGUGUAUAUAUAUAUAUAUAUAUAUAUUCUUGGCUGAAUUCUAUAAUUUUGUGUAUUUAUUAUUUUGUUUUGUUUUUUUUUUUUUCGCAGGAAGAUUUACCGCCUGAACAAAUCUCAGGUAAUUACGCACGUUAUUUGUGAACGUCAUCGUGUGUUGCGUUUAUUAUCAUUAUUAUUAUUAUUUUUACUCGAUAAAGGCAAAUUUGAAGUUUAAAAUUAGAAAAAAAAAAAAAAUAACAAAAAUUUAAAACUAGUUAUAAGUGUAUAAUUCGUUCGCCGGAAAAUCUGUAUGAGAGGCGUAAUAUUACAAUGAUAAAAUUAUAUUUUCGCGAAAAAUACGUCGUUUUUUAUUUAUUUAUUAUUUUUUUUUUUUUGUAUUUUAAAACGCUAUAGUAUAAUAAUACUUCAUAAUAUUAUCGUCGAAAAGCUCAAACGAAACAAAAUAUUGAUAUUCGCUAAAUCGCGGACCUAAUACGGUUUUUAUAAACUAGAAAUUACAGCAAUGAACGGCCCUAUUGGCGACGCAAUAUUGUUUGGUUUUAAAUCGUAUUGCACAAAUGGUUAUGACAUUAUUCGUUACAAUUUACAAAUACGCAAUAUAAAUUAAUUUUGCCCGGUAAUAUUGUAUUAUUAUUAUUAUUAUUAUUGUAGUCGACUAGUCUUAGACCAUCGCGUCUGUAUACAAGCAUAUAUUAUAAUACACGAAAACAAAUCGAUAUUAUAUUAGUUUAUAAGGACAAUAAUAAUAAUGUUGUGUUAAAAAAAAAAAAAAAAACAAAAAAAAUGUACCUACGCGUUAUAUUAUUACGUUGGAUUAUAAAAUUAUUGACAGCUAUACGAAUUAAACCGAUUUCUAUUCGAGUCGAAAACAUAUCGUUGGGGGGGUUUUCUUUUUUCUGAUAACUAAUUAUUUCGCAAUUUAAUAUAAUAUUAUUAAAGUGUACAUUAUUAUUAUAAAAAUAUUAUAGCGCUAUCCGAAACGACUCGUCGUCUAUUUUUAAUUCGGAUUUUACAUUUUUUUUUUUUUUUUUCUACACGCGAAAAUUUUACUCUUUUUCCCAUUUAUACACACAACAUGCAUCACGCACACGAUUAACUUUUAGUGUCGUACACACGCUUAUUAAUAUAAUAAUAAUAAAUUUCUUGGCACGGGCCGUACGCCGCUCAGUUGGCACAUCCAUAAUAGAACGCUGGAUCGGUUAUGAGUAUUAUGACCGGCGACCUAAAAUUAGCAUAUCGUUCAUCCGAUUUAUAAAUUCGCCCGGUUUAUAUUAUUAUGCAUUUCCUUGUUAAUUCACUGAAUAAAAAAAAACUACACACACACACACACACACACGCGCGCGCACACAUAAUAGUAAUGUGUCACUGAUACCUUCAACGGUCUCCGUCAAAACAUAAAUGUCAACACGUUUUGCGUGAAAUCCUAUCCCCGAGUAGAUUCAUAACCGCGGCAUAGAACAGAAAUCUCAUUUCGGUUUCCCAUCCGAUUUUUACAAAUCCUGGUACGCACAUGUUUUACUAAUCGUACAACCGAACUAAACGAAUACGAUGAGAUUACAUUGUUUCCAGACGUUUAGUUCCAGACAUCGUAGUAUUCACGCGUUCUUAACAUUUUUUUAGAUGUGGAACUCCGAACCGAACGUAUUUUAUACGGUUUAAAGACCCCCGAGUUAUCCACUCGUUAUUGGUAAAACAGUACCUUACCUGCUUAUCAUACAUAAUACUAUAUUAUAGACGCGCGAAGAGCAGAGCAAUGCUCGAACGUAAACGAUUUUGAUUUAUUUAUACUUAAGAGGUAAGAGGCGGGUAUACAGUAAAAAAUUAAUUCAAAAUUAUUAUAAUUUGUGCUUAUACAUUCGAUUAUUUUUCGUUGAAUAUUCGAUUUUAUUGUGUAGAUUAUAAUAUUAUAUUACAUAGUACAAUACACAAAAAAUAUACACUUAUUUUAUUACUUAUUUUACACUAUCAGAUAAAUUCGAAACCUACACGUUUGACGGUGUGAGUGGUGUAUUAUUCUAUUUGUUCUAGUAUGUCAUAAGUGUAAAUACACUUUUUCUUAUAAUGAACAUGGUUAAUAUAUUAUUAUAUUAUGUACGAACACACGUAUUUAUUAAAAAAAAAAAAAAAUGUACAUAACAUAUAAAAAUCAUAAAAUCGAAUGUAAAAUAAUAUUAAUUAGAGUCUGCGCAAUAUUAAAAUACAUCUUUACUGAAAUAGACGUAUAAAAUAAUAAUUAUUCCGGCGGAAUAAUGGAACAUGAUAUUGUUUGCGUGUAUGCUAUUCGUCGCCGUCGUGCAAAAAGUGACUGAUUUAAAUAUAUAUUUUUUCUUAAAAAUCUGAAAUUAAAUUAUUGUUGUAUUCAAUUUCGAUUUCGAUUAAGAACUACGAACUACAAAGUGAUUCCUAAAGGCUAAAUCGUUUAUACACAUUGGUAUACAGAAUUGAGACAUUUCGACUUUGUUUUUUUUUUUUUUUAUAUAUAUAUAUACUAUGUCAUUUUUUACGCUUGGUCACUUUUUGCAUGGCGGUAACGUAAUGUGUUCAGUUACGUAUUAUUUGGUUUAUAUAUUUGUAUUAUUCCCAGGUUUUACCGGCGGGUAUCGCUUAGCCAGUAUACGACUAUGGGUUAACAGCUUUCGAAAAACUACAUUAUUUUUUACCAUAUUAUUAAUAUGCCUCAUAUUAUUUGUGUUUUUCCACUAAUCUAAACAAAUAAUUCGAUGACACUAAUUUUUUACCAUUCAAACGACGAGUUCCUGGCAUUCCUGCUUAUAUACCACAUAAUAAUGUUUAGUCGAUUAAAUUAGUUUUUUUUCUCUAAAAAAAUCAUUAUUUAAGCUACCUACUAACUUUCCUACCUACCUACCAGCCUAAGUACCCAGAGUUAAAUAUUUACCUAUUUUAAUUAUUUUAAUAAUACCUAGGUACCUAUUAUAUCCGACCAAACAAUACCCAUUUAAAUUUAUUGUUUGCGGCGUGUUGCUUAACCAGAUUUUGCUCUUUACAUUUUCAAUGAAUAUAGCCAAACUACAAUAUUAAAUUGUACUUAAUAAAAUAUUAAAAAUUAAAACAAAAAAAAAUCUUUCUUGCAAAUUCGAACUUAAUGUUUUGUUCUACAAAUUAUUUUUCGUUUUUAGUUAUUAUUUCAUAAUAUAUGAUCAUAACAAGUGCCAGUAAUAUAAAUUGUUUAUGGUACGUAAACACAUUCGUUGUAUGGUUCGAGAGUCUAUAUUAAGAAGAAAUAUAUAUUUAGAUAGUAUAUUUGUAGACAGCUAGUAUUGUGUAGUAUAGUGAGUAUGAAAUAUAAUGUUUCAAUAUUAUUACAGUAUUAUUUAUUUAUAUUUUUUAUUGUUUAAUAAGUAUAUUUUACACAUAAACUGUUUGUACGAACGAAUUUUAAAUUUAAGUAUAAUAUAAUUAAAUUGUCAUGUAUACGUCAGUGUAAUUAAUUUCCUUGUGAGAUUUGCAUUAUUAUUAACCUAAUUGGUAGGUAUAGAUAAUACCUGUGGGUAUAGAUAAUCAUAAAAUGGUUUAAUAAAAACCGUUUACAACGAUUAAAUCUAUAACAAUAAUUGCGAAUAGCAUAACACUAUUAUUACAUAGAGUCGUCAAAUUGUUGUGAAAUCUUGCAGAACUUGAGUACAGAAACUAUGGCGCUAGUAAGAGCGACUAUUUUAUCAAACGUAUUAUGUUCCAUAUACCUUAUUUAGCUUCCUUAUAUAGUAAAUGAGAUAUUAGAUCCACGACCGUCUCGCAGAUACUUUUUUUAUAAGGGGAUACCAAAAUCCAGCAUUUGAAAACCAUACGAUGGUUCCCACGGAUACCUUAUAGACGUAUUCUUCUACUUAUCGUUGUUCUCUUUCGCAUUAUAUCUUAAAUAUUUUGAGUCAGCCACGCUCGUCCUAAACUUCCAUUUAAGCCGAUCUCCCACCUCGCAUACACUGACUGUCCUUAAGUGUCCUCAUAUCAAAUCUUAAUUGCAUUCAAUCACCUUUUUUGUCCGUCUUCCUCUUCUUCUCUUUUCUCCUACGUUUAUUUGCAUUAUUAUUCCUAAUUAUUCUGAUUCUGCACUCUUAAUGACACGCCCAAGCCAUCUCAGUCUAUUUUCUCUCAUUUUUCUUCUAUAAAAACCAUGCCUAUAUAUUGCCUCUUAUGUACUUGUUCUUUAUCCAAUUUUUCCUCGCCAUUCCACUCAUCCAGCUAUACAUUUUCAUAUAUGGGGUACACCCAUUCUUUGUUUUAUUUAUUUUUCUACCGCCCAACACUCCAAGUCAUACAACAUAGUCGGACUCACCACACUUAGUAGAACUUACCUUUAAAUCUCGUUGGAAUUCUCUUGUCACAUAAAACACCUGACGCCUUUCUCCACUUUAUCCAACUACACUCAAUUCUACGUUACACGUCCUGUUUUUUUUUUAUUUGUUCCUUAAUACAUCCGAGUGGGACAAUUCACCUAAACCUUAUUUAGGACAACUCAAAUUAUCUGAAAAAAUGUGUCCACAGGUUUUCUACCUGACGCAAUCCCAUUUGUCACCUCUUACAACGGGUAUGGUAUUGUGAGGGCGUAUUCUGAUUCCCUCCCACAGGAAUAGCUUACAGAAGUAUUCCACACAAAAUUUAUUUUUCAUUAUAAAUAUAAAAAUAUCGAACAUAUCUGUAAUUUCUGUAAAUUCGUUUAUUAAAAUAUUCGUUGUAAAUGGUUUUUAUGCUCUAAUAUAAUACCUAUAGUAUGUAUGUAUCUCAAUGUAUGUGAAAUAUAAUAUAUGAUUUUUAUUUUUUGUAAUUUCAAGAGAUACGUACAACAAAAUAUAGUUAAAAGUUUAAAUUAAUUUAUUUUUGUCACAAAACAGGUCUUCUGACAUCUACAUGUACUGUAUACGAAUAAUUGUAUCAAUGAUUUAAUAUAAUAUAAAUAUUAUACUUUGUAAAUGUCAAACAAAUAAAUAAAACUAUUGUUAUUAACCUUUAAUAUUCCAAUAUUUGUGUACUUAUACCUAAUAAAUUUAUUUUUAACAUUUUAACAUUUUAAUGAACUGUUUGUGUUUUGAAAAAUAAUGAUAUACCCGCAAAAAAAAUAUCACGAUGAUUAAUACUAACUGACGAUAAACUAUAAUGGAUAAUAGAGUUAUAAUAAUUUAUAUUACAACAUAAUUUGAUAAAUUCCUUUUUUUUAUCUCCAAUAAAUACAGUAAUUAUGUAUGAUGACUUUUUUUACCGAUUUCAUCACAUUAAUAGUUUAUGUGUUUAAAAUGAUUGUUCUGUAACGUCAUCAAACACUUACAUAUUAUUAAUCUAUACUAUUAAACGACGUUUAAAUGUUUAAAUGGUUGUGUGUGUCAGUUAUACCAUAUGUAGGUACCAACAAAUACCUGCAUUUGGUAUACACAGUUAUAGACCUGAAAACAUAAUUGUCAUCCAUAGCCAUAAUGAAAUGGUAAAUACUUACCCGUGUCAUUUGAAUUUAAUUUGGGAAAUAUGCAUUUGGGAGACGUAAAAAUUCCACCUUUUAAAUGUCACCAUUCGCAGUGAAGAAUCGAAAAAUGUACAAUCGUCGAUACAGCAUACUAACAUAUAUUUUAAUUUUUUUUUUUUUAACUCACCAAACGGAUCGCAAUAAAAUUUGAAUGAGUAGAUAUAUACAUAUAUAAUGUAAUAAAUAUAGGUACCUACGUAGUAAUAUUUUGGCUUUAUUUCAACGGCAUUGAGCAGCCAAGAACGAUAUGGUAUAUCAACGGGCUAACGUAAACAUUAUAAAACUGCAGCGGCGUAAAAAUACGAUUUUGAGAUUUUUUUUUUUUUGUUGGCAUAUUUUAUUUACUAAUUGACAAAAUUGUUGUUAAUUAAGACUUGGACGUUACGAGUAUUUUACUAUGUUUAUAUAGUUUGAAAUUGAUUAGCUAUAUAAAUGGAAAGAUGCAUAUCGUAUGUACAAAAAAAAUCUUAUAAUUCCGGAUUUCCUAUUUUAGUCGACUACAAUAUUAAAUACGAACACAUUAUAUGUGCAUAUAUUAUGUAUGUGUGGUUAAAAUAAUUAGGUUAAUUAAUUUUAGACAGAAUUUGUGUGUUUAUAAUUUUUAGGAAAUAGUUUGAAUCUAAUACAUAUUUAUAUUGAUUUUUUAAUAUAUUCAGUCCUCAGGAAAGCUUUCGAUGCAUUCGAUCGCGAAAGGUCCGGCAGCAUACCCACAGACAUGGUGGCUGAUAUUUUACGACUCAUGGGACAGCCGUUCAACAAGAAAAUUCUCGACGAACUUAUCGAAGAAGUCGAUGCAGACAGUAAUAAUUUAUUUAUCUUGAACAAUAUCACAGUUUUAAAUAUAACACGGAUUACAUAAUUGUAUUCAUUUAAAGAAUCUGGACGUUUGGAGUUUGACGAAUUCGUGACACUGGCCGCAAAGUUCAUCGUUGAAGAAGACGAUGAGGCCAUGCAAAAAGAACUGCGUGAAGCGUUCAGGUUGUACGACAAAGAAGGAAACGGAUAUAUCCCUACGUCUUGCCUAAAAGAAAUUUUGAGAGAGCUCGACGAUCAGCUGACCAACGAGGAAUUAGACAUGAUGAUUGACGAAAUCGAUUCCGAUGGCUCCGGAACGGUAGACUUCGACGGUGAGUAUAUUUCUGCACUUUUCGAUUCGUAUCAAAAUAAUAAGUAUUAUUUAAUUACUAUCGAUAAUUAUUAUCUGUGUACAUUUGAAUAUGCAAAAUACAAAAUCAAUACCUAUACCGUCGCAUUGUCAAUAUUCACCGUAUAUGUUUAAUAUGCAUCCCAAUUCAUUCUUAUAUUGGUGAAAUCUGAUAAUUUGACAUUAUAUAAAUGUAUUGUUAAACUAUACAGUGUAUUGUUACUUUAUAGUGUAUUAUUGUUAUAAUUAUUUCAAAACCAUUGGGUAAUACUAAUUUGGAAAGCAUAUAUGCUUACAAUAGCCGGUAUCGAAAACUUAUAAUUAUAUUAAAACAUUUACAUAACUAUGCAUAGGUAUAAACCUAUACAAGUACAUACCUAUACCUAAGUAAAAUAUUGUCUUAGCGACAUUGAUUUUACACACAUGUAUAGUUAUCGAAAUUAAAAAUGAAUUUUUAUUUUAUAUCUCUGAAUGCAAAAUAUAAUUUGACCAAAUAUUGUUGAUAAUCCCGUGGGUUUUAAUUCAUACAGGUAAUGAUAGGUAAGUACAAUGAUCCGCUCAAUAUUUAAAACGACUCUUUUCGCCACCAUCUAUGGCCAUAACUAUCUAAUAAAAUAAUUUUUCAUCGCAGGGUUUUAACUUUCAGCUGUUCUGCAUUACGCAUUACGCAUUCUGAAUAGUUUUAAAAUGUAUUUAAUUCUUUGAAACAAUACUUUUUUUUAGUCUCGUUUUAAAGUGUGAAAUACUUAACUUCGAGAAAUUUGUUAUAUUUUUUCGGAAAACACUUUUUCGGUACACUGAUUUGUUCGCACAUAACUUUAUAAGAUGCGCAAUUUUUCAGUCGGUGGUACUUGAUUUUAACUUUUUCCGGAUUUCCCGAUAGUUAAAGCAUAAUGCAUAACCACGUAACCAAUCAUCAUACAAUAACUAUAGUUCCCUUUGAAUCGAAUUUAACCUUGCAUUAUUUUUUAACGUGUAUUUUACUAUUGUAUAUCAUUUGAAUACUUGUUCUGAUAUUAUUUUUUUGUAUAUGUAUUUGAAUACUUAUUCUAAAUACUCUUAAAAAGAAUUUCGCCCAAGUCUGAUUAUAUAUUAUUAUUUAAUUCAAUUUUCUAUCUCAUCACUGGACAAUAAUGCAAUUAUUGGAGAUAGAGGAAUACCCGAGACCAAACACGUAGAUUAUGAUACGAUUUUCAUUUUACAGAUAACUGCUAUUUCUCUGUUAUUUCGCUGCAAUUUAAUAUUUUUUACUAUAAUAAUGUAAAUUGAUUUUUGAAAUUUUUUUAGAAUUCAUGGAAAUGAUGACCGGAGAAUAAGGAAUUCUGGUGUCAUACAAUGCUAUCACACUGGAGUCAUUCCAGCAAUGGUUUCGUCCAUCUCUUCAACCGUUCACACAACACAUGUUAUUUAUUUUGUACAAAAAACAACUUUUUUUUUUAUUUACAUAGGUAUAAAUUAAAUAUUACCAGCGUAAAAUUUUAUCAAAUUUAACAAAUUUAAAAAUUAUUAUAUUUAUAUUUACAAAAUACCGCGAAUGGAAAUAAUAAUAAUAUAAGUUAAGUUUUAACUAAUUAUUAUAAUUUAUAAUGUACUUAUCUAUCUAUAUGAGCUACAUUUUCAAUUAGAUACUUACUAGUUGAACUGUGGAGAAAACCGCUCUUCGGGAUAGACGUCGCUUAUAUUAUAUCGUUGUAACAAUUGGAUGAAACGUAAUAUAUUAUAUUAUAUGUCAUUAUAAAUAAACUGUGACUAAUUUAUUGUUGUAAAGCAAUAAGUAUAAAAUUA